CAUUGUGUGCGUGUUUGUGCCAAAGAGAACGAGAAGGGGGGUUUCCCCUCUUUGCGCCUGGAGCUGCUCUAGCAGGGCGCACAGCCAGGGCGCAUUGUGGGAUUCGCCUCCUCCUUCCCUCUCCCUUCUUUCCUUCCUCCUUCCUUCCCUCCUUCCUUCCUCCUCUUCCUCCCGGAGGCGUCCAUGAGGCUGCAGCCCCCGCCUCGGCCUCGCCCCGCCGCCGGGGAAGCCGCGAUGCUGGCCUCCGAGGAAGGAGGCUCGCCUUCUCCUCCAAGCCUCCAAACCCCAUCCUCGGUCGAGAGCCGCUUCCCCAUCCAUGCCUUGGUUUGGCACAACCGGCCCCAGGAGCUGGAGAAGAUGCUCAGCGCCCAGCAGGCGGACAUCGAACAACUGGACCCCAGGGGGCGCACCCCGCUGCAUUUGGCCACCACCUUGGGCCACCUGGAAUGCGCCCGCAUUUUGUUGCGCCACGGCGCGGACGUGGCCAAAGAGAACCAGAGCGGAUGGACGGUGCUGCAGGAGGCGGUCAGCACGCGGGACCUGGAGCUGGUGCAACUGGUGCUGCGCUACCGCGACUACCAGCGGGCCCUCAAGCGCCUGGCUGGCAUCCCCACUUUGCUGGAGAAACUGCACAAGGCUCAAGAUUUCUACGUGGAAAUGAAGUGGGAGUUUACCAGUUGGGUGCCCUUGGUCUCCAAGAUUUGCCCCAGUGACACCUACAAGGUCUGGAAAUGCGGGCAAAACCUCCGUGUGGACACCACCCUCCUGGGCUUUGACCACAUGACUUGGCAGCGCGGGAACCGCAGCUUCAUCUUCCGGGGACAAGAUACGACUGCGGUGGUGAUGGAGAUCGACCACGACCGGAGGGUGGUUUACUCAGAAACGCUGGCCUUGGCAUCCCAUGACCAGGAGGGCAUCCUGGCGGCGGUUCAGCCCACGGAAGAGCAGGUCAUGGGGCGCCUCAUGGCCCCCGUGGUCACCACGCAGCUGGACACCAGAAACAUUGCCUUUGAGAGGAACAAGUCAGGCAUUUUGGGCUGGAAGAGCGAGAAGACUGAGACGGUGAACGGGUACGAGGCCAAGGUCUAUGGGGCUUCCAAUGUCGAACUCAUCACACGGACACGGACGGAACACCUUUCCGAACAACACAAAAGCAAGACCAAAGGUGGCAAGACCCCGCUCCAGUCCUUCUUGGGCAUUGCCGAACAACACGUGGGUCCCAACAAUGGGGCCCUGGUCACGCAAACGCUCAGCCGCGCCAACCCCACUGCCAUCACGCCGGAGGAGUACUUCGACCCCAGCUUUGAGCUGGGCAGCCGGGACAUGGGCCGACCCAUCGAGCUGACCACCAAAACCCAGAAGUUCAAAGCCAAGCUCUGGCUCUGCGAAGACCAUCCUCUCUCGCUGUCUGAACAAGUCGGGCCGAUCAUCGAUCUGAUGGCCGUCAGCAAUGCCCUUUUUGCCAAGCUACGGGACUUCAUCACCCUCCGCUUGCCUCCAGGCUUCCCCGUUAAGAUCGAAAUCCCCAUCUUCCACAUCCUGAAUGCCCGCAUCACUUUCGGAAACCUCAACGGCUGUGACGAGGCGGUCGCCUCGAUCCGGGGCUCGGGGAGUCCCGGUAGCGAUGUCCCUUCGCCCGGAAGCGAUCGCUCAAGCAUCAGCAGCGCCAGCUCCGUCGGUUCCUGCCGGUGUUACGAGAUGGACCCCUCGCUCUUUGAAGCCCCCCGGGGUUACAGCGUUGUCGGCAGCCACCCGGAGCCUCUGAGAGAAGACGACGACGACCUCUUGCAGUUCGCUAUCCAACAGAGCUUGCUUGAAGCCGGGACCGAGUACGACCAGGUAACUAUAUGGGAAGCCUUGACCAACAGCAAACCGGGGACGAUACCUGUGUCGCAAGAGAGACGCCGAGUCAACAGGACACCGCAGCACACGCCACCGACGCCGCGCCCGUCGACCCCGCAGCGGUCCUCUCCCUCGGCGGUCAAACCCUCCGGCCGGCCGCUGCCCAGUUACGCCGAACAGCUCCGCCUGGCGAUGGCGCUGUCAGCGAAGGAGCAGGAGGAAGCGGAGCGGCGCUCGAGGCAGGAGGAGGAGGAGUUUGCCCGCAUCCUGCGCCUCUCGCUCACUGAACAAUAAGCCGGAUUCCAGGGACAGUAUUGGGGAGGGGGGCACUCCUGCACAAGACCCCAGUCCAGAAGCGGAUAGAACGGAGGCGCCUUCUGCCUGGCCGUGCCCCCGAAGCCACAUGAAUCCAGGACUUGGAUGACGGACCAUUUUGGGGGAACUUUAGGGCACAAUUCAGGGAGAAUCCCUCCCCAUAGCUGAGCCAUUCGAACCCUCCUUUUCCCCAAGAGGUAAGUCUUCAGCAAAGAAGCCAAAUUUGGGGUGGGCUUCCUUCCUUCUUCCUGCACACUCCUGGGGCCAAGGACUAGGCAAGGGUUUAAAUCCAAUCUUCCUUUUACACGUCUGAAAGUUAGCUUAGUUUGGAUUGACGCUGGAUUACUUGACUAUGGAAUGGAGCGAGCGUAGUUGAGUCUGGGGUGCAUCUACACUGGAGAGUGAAUGAAGUUUAACAGCACUUUGUUUUGGCUCAAUGGAAACCUGGGGUUUGGAGUUUUGGGUGCACCUAGGCUGCUACAAUCAACUCAGUUUGACCCCACCUUUGGUGAGAGUUGUAGUUUGGAACAGAAGGCGAACCAUUGUGAGUCUACAACUACAACUCCCAGCAUUCCAUUGCAGUUAAACUCUGUUAAUUUGACAGUGUAGAUGCACCUUGGAUCGAUACGGUCUGAAUCCAGGCAGUAGCCUUUCGUUCCGGUUCAACUAAGCACAGAUCUGUAAGGCACAAUAUACAAAACACAACACAGAGGUGAAUUCUGGACAGAACUCGGGCACAAUCCUUAAUCCAAGAGCAUCUUAAUUCAGAUCCAUUAAACAGGUACAAUAUAUAUUUAAUCCCAGUCUUGGGAGGCAAGGUUUAAUUCUGGAUUAGUAGGUCAUUGGAGGACGCUUUACUUUGGGCUACAACUUCCAAAAGCACUUGGCCGGUGGCUUCGAGGUUUUGCACAGAGAGCUGGGCAUUAACUCUGGAGUUGCUUGGCCAGUCAGUACCCUCUUCUUAUGGGGCACUAAGUGCACUUAACACCCCUUCCACUCCAGGAAAGCCGUAGUUCUUAAUGCUCUUUAGCUUGGCCUUGUCGACCAGUUGCCUGCAAGUGAGAUGUAGCCUUCUCCGAGUCCCAAGAAAAUGGGGCGCAUUGGUCACUCCUGCCCAAGAAGGGCACAGAGGACACUGCACCCACCUGCCAUGACUGGGCCACUGGGAGUUGCAUCCAGCUGCCAUUGUUGGCUUAUGGGAAGCUGGAGCAAGAGGCCACCCUUGACUUCUUGGGCACAGUAACCAGAUGCCAUUAUUGGCUUAUUAGAAGCUGCAUUCAAGGGCCAUCUUUGGUUCAUUAGGAACUAGACCCAGGUGCCAUUGUUGGUUUAUUGGAUGCAGUACCCAGAUACCAUUGUUGGCUUAUUGAGAGCUGGACCAAGAUGCCAUCAUUGGCUUAUCGGAAGCUGUACCUAAGUACCACUAUUGGGUGUUGGGCUAAGAUGCCAUUGUUGACUUAUUGGGAGGUGCGCUAAAGUGCAAUUGUUGGCUUAUAAGGAACUAUAUCCAGUUGCUACUGUUGGCUGAUUGGGAGCUGAAUGAAGGUGCCAUAGUUGGCUUAUUGAGAGCUGUAACAAGUUGCCAUUAAUGGCUUAUUCCAAGUUGAAUGAAGCUUCCUUCAUUGGCUUAUGAGAAACUGUACCCAGUUCCCACCAUUGGCUAAUUGGGAGCUGUACCCAGGUGCCAUUGUUUGUUUAUUGGAAGCUGCAGCCAAGUGCCGUCGUAGGGCCUCCCCACACAGUUGCUUCAAACAGAUUUGGGCGAGACGGAGGGGAGAAGAAAGGCUCAUCCCGUCAUACUUUUUCCCACCUUGGCACCCAUUUCCCUAAACAACGGCCACUUUUGGUGCCAACUCUGCCAUCGACUCAGCCCACUACUUGCUCUGCCUCCUCGCACUCUCCAAAAUCAUUGCCACCCUGCUGUUCAAUGGUGCUAACCUCCACAAAAGCCCCCCCCCCCCAAAUAUUUUGCCAAGCUGCACAGAGGCACAAAUGGGGGAGCCAAGGCGAGCCCCUCACGACUCCUCCACUCCUUUGCAUCAAAAAGAAGUGUAUCUUUCACCAUUUUUAGAGGGGAUCGAAGGGCCGGGAUGGAGCUGGAGAGUGGGUUGGGAUGUCUUCCGCCUCCUCAAAACAACCUACAAUAUAUAUAUAUUUGGGGGGAAAGGAUGUGGUUUUGCAAAGGGGGGUAGGCCGCCACAACCAGUUGGCUCAGGUGUGUUACCUGCACAGAGACACCAAUGAAAACCUCAUGAACCUU